UCCUUCCUGGCCCCGCCCCGCCGCUGCUGCCCCGCCCCGCCCCGGCCCGUCCCUCGGCGCCGCCCCGGGCCGUCCGCGUUCGCCGCCCUGCGCUCCCAUGGCCCUGAAGCGGAUACAGAAAGAACUAACUGAUCUGCAGCGAGACCCACCGGCCCACUGUUCCGCUGGACCUGUUGGAGAUGACUUGUUUCAUUGGCAAGCAACAAUUAUGGGACCUCCUGAUAGUGCAUAUCAAGGGGGAGUCUUUUUUCUCACAGUACACUUCCCAACAGACUAUCCUUUCAAACCACCAAAGAUUGCUUUUACAACAAAAAUAUACCACCCAAACAUAAACAGUAAUGGAAGCAUUUGUCUCGAUAUCCUGAGGUCACAGUGGUCACCAGCUCUGACUGUAUCUAAAGUUUUAUUGUCCAUAUGCUCCUUACUUUGUGAUCCUAAUCCAGAUGAUCCUUUAGUACCGGAUAUUGCACAGAUCUACAAGUCAGACAAGGAAAAAUACAACAGACAUGCGAGAGAAUGGACUCAGAAAUACGCAAUGUAACUUGUGAAGACUUUUUCACAUGCCACAGAGUACUGUACCUUUAGGGGGUCUCAAAAUUAGAAGGAAGUGGAGCGCAGUUUCCUGCCUCAGUGUAUCAUGAUGCCCCUGGAAUUUUUUUUCAGCCGUGUAAUUGUAUUUCUGGAGCAAGGGAGAACAAACUUCCACAGAUAACUUUAUGAUGGUGAAAAGAAUGUUCAUCCUCUUCGUAUGCGCUGCAGAAGACAUUUGUUAUGGUUUUUACGAGUUGGACAUCUGCAUCUUCAGACUGAGAGAUCCAUAAUGCAGUUGUAAAGCAACCAAAUUAUUUUUGCUGGAAAAAGUAGACGGUUUUAUGUGAUGAAUACUGUAUGUGUGUCCUUAAAGUGUGUUGUUCGUUUUGGAAGUGUGUUCAGUUUCAUUUUGUUAGCUCACUUAUAUAAUUUGGAAUUCUUUUUUCACCAUAUUGACUAAAUAUUUUAUUUACUAUUUUAGCCAUUUCAUUUCAGACUUACUUGUUUGUGCACGGUAUUGACAAGCUACAACUGCUAGUAAUGAAAAUAAUUGGAGAGUCCCACCUGCUCGGAUGUUCUAAAGACUGACUGCAGAUUUAAGUUUUUAAAACCUGAACUUUGCACUGUAAUUCUUUGUACACUGAUGAUGGAGAAACACUUGGGUUUGAUUCUGUUGCAUACUUGAUUUAAUUUUUAUUGCCACGUGAACUAAUUGCACUGCUGUGUAGAAAGAUGUAACCGUUUUGUUGCUAUUCACAAAUUAUUUUUGACAUGCGGGCAACAUAACACUACCAUGGCCCUUUUACAAACCUAAAUGUAGCCUUUUCCAUAUAAAUAAAAUGGGUUUUCUACUACUUGUCUUGGCUCUUUUUUACAAUCAGGCAUAUUAAUGAAGCGCUUGUUCUAACAUUAGA